AUGUCUUGUACUACCGCAAAUCCUUGGAAUAUUUCCAUAAAUUUUCAGACAAGACGCAUCAACGAGUAUUCGUCCACUAUGAUGGGAUCCUUCAGUAUUGGAAAAGAAGUACCUUCAAUUUCCAAGAUUGACGCUUUCACUUACGACGAGAAAGCAAAUGGAGAAACAGUUAAGAAGCUUUCCAUCACCUACAAAAACAUAUGUCGACUGAUGAAUGAAGCAAAUAUUUUUCUUGAUCCUUUUUUUGGAGGCAGUGAUCUUCCGCGUCAGUGUCCUUUGAAACCCGGGAAGUACCACUUGACGAACGUCACCUACACCCUGAACGGCGAAUUCACGGGCGUCGUCCCCGUGGGCAUGCAUCGCGCAGAACUCCACGGCUUCUCCGACUCCUCGAAGGCGUUCUGCCUGCGCCUGGUGGUCGAGCUGUCCACUUCCAACAAGCGCGCGCGCUCUUAG